UUGGAAGUUUCGUUUCUAAUUUCCAUCCCAUUAAAAUGAAAUAAAUAAUAAUAAUAAUAUGUAAAUAAUUUAAAAUACUUGUUUUUCAUAGCUUAUAUAAAGGCUUUCGCAGACUCGAAUUCCCAUCAAAUCAUUAUUAGAAAACAUUAAAAAAAUAAGGGAAGCUGUGUUAACAAAAGUUCUUGUGUGAGCAUGACAACUUAUACAAAUAAGGGACCUAAGCCUACAAACGGAAAAUUUCUGUAUUUUGACCAUCUUACCUUUUACGUGGGCAACGCCAAACAGGCGGCCAGUUAUUACAUAACUAGGUUGGGAUUCGAACCUGUAGCUUACAAGGGAUUAGAGACAGGUAGUAGAAAAUAUGCAUCUCAUGUUGUGCGACAAAAUAAGAUUGUGUUUGUAUUUGUGUCAGCCUAUAAGCCAAAUGAAGAUGAUAUUGGUCACCACCUUAUCAAACAUGGAGAUGGGGUAAAAGACAUUGCAUUUGCAGUUGAAAACUUGGAAAAUAUUAUUGAUGUUGCUAAACAACGAGGAGCCAAAAUAGUAAGAGAUAUCUGGCAGGAAUCUGAUUUUAAUGGGACAGUCAGGUUUGCCACCUUAAAAACGUAUGGAGAUACAACCCAUACAUUCAUAGACCGAAGUCUAUACAGAGGAGCAUUUUUACCGGGCUUUUUACCAUGUGCACCAGAUGUCCUAUCAAAAAUGUUGCCCCAAUCAAAACUGGACUUUAUAGAUCACGUGGUGGGAAAUCAGCCCGACAACGAGAUGGAAUCUGUAGCAAAAUGGUACGAAAACGUUUUGCAGUUCCACAGAUUUUGGUCGGUAGACGAUAAACAACUUCAUACUGAAUAUUCAGCUUUGAGGUCCAUUGUAAUGAGUAACUGGGAAGAAAAUAUAAAGGUACCUAUCAAUGAGCCAGCUCCAGGAAAAAAGAAGAGUCAAAUCGAGGAAUAUGUGGAAUAUUAUGGAGGAGCUGGAGUCCAGCAUAUAGCGCUUAACACUAAUGAUAUUAUAACGGCUGUGAGAAAUCUAAAGGCAAGGGGUGUGGAAUUUCUUCAGGUCCCUGACAGUUACUACGACCUAUUGCGCGAAAAUCUCAAACACAGCAACGUUAAAAUAGCUGAGGAAUUAAAAACUUUACAGGAAUUAAAAAUCCUAAUUGAUUAUGAUGAAAACGGGUAUCUUUUGCAGAUUUUCACCAAAAACAUGCAAGACAGACCCACUUUAUUCCUGGAGGUUAUCCAGAGAAGAAACCACAACGGUUUUGGGGCUGGAAAUUUCAAAGCUCUAUUCGAAGCCAUAGAAAUUGAGCAAGAAAAAAGGGGCAACUUAUGAAAAGAAAUUAUAUAUUGGAAAAAAUAUCACUUUUUAUAAAUCAAUAAAUUUAUUUAAAUUUUCACUUCUGAGUUCUUAUUGACAUAUCCCAAAAUCCAGGAAUCGUAUCUGGCUGUUUGUUGGCUAUCUUAUGCCUGGUACACACCCCCAUUUUCUUUUUUAACAUUUCUGGUGACAAACUUAGAACGCCAUAAAACUAAAAAAUAAUUAUUAAAAUUUUGAUUUUUUUUUAUAAAAAUUUACCCUUUUGCAUUCUUCACAUUCCCAAUGAACAUAUUCCUUCCUAGCAUGAACAGGAAUAAAAUCCUUUUUUGCUUUCUUAUUAGGACUCCUAAAAAAUUUAUCAAAAUAUCAAAUUUUUUAUGAAGAAAUAGCAAAAACUUACUCAUAUUCCCCAUGAUUACUCAAAAAUUCCGAAGAAUUCAAGUUAUUUGCCUCGAAAUUCAGAUUAUUUUCUUUUGCUGCAUCACUUCUAUUUGAUAAAUCCAUAUCAUCUAAACUUGUAUCAUCCAUAUAAAAAUUCAGAUUAUUUUUUUUUGCUGAAUAAUCAAUAUUUGUUAAAUCCAUAUCAACUAUACUUGUAGCAUCCAUAUCAACUUUUUUUUUUACACCAGUCAUUUUAGAAAACAUAUCUGUUUCACUUGCCGGUAAAGACCU